CCUACAAACCGUCGCCAGAUGACGAAACUGAUAUUUUAUAUAACCAAGGCUGUUGAGUUCAGCCUGUAAAGUGUUCUUUCCCCUCCAUGCAGACACAACCUCCGCACAGUGGGUCAGCCCAUAGCUUGCUGACUGAUAAUGCACAGUAUAUCGAUCCGAAUUCUCUCUCCCAGUCGCUACCUCUUCGUACUUGCAGCCGGCCAUUCCUUCCUCCUCACAUAUCUCAUUAACUGCCUUUCUUGCAUUACCUGCUUACAUCUUUUACACCCCACGUGUUAACUGCAAAAGCAAUAAACUGAUGUAUUAAAAAGAUGGUGGAUAUACCCUACAGUCCAGCUAACGAUUUGCAGUUUUUGAAACAAGGUUUUGUUGUCGUCAAUGGAGUUCCCACUCAUUGCAUCACUUGUGGAAGAUGGAUCGACGAAACCUUACCCGAUAAUGAUAAGAUGCUCAUCUUAUUUAUUCCAGGUAAUCCCGGUGCGGUAGAAUAUUACGAGGAAUUUGUGAGUGCCUUGUACGAAGGACUCCAAAGAACAGUACCAAUUUGGGGAAUUUCUCAUGCUGGACACGUGGCACCUCCCUCUGGACAACAAUUGCCAAAAUUGCAAGGUAACGACGAUUUGUAUAACUUGGAAGGCCAAAUAUCCCAUAAAGUAGCUUUUAUAAACAUGUUUGUACCAAAGGAUCGUCAAAUUGUUUUAAUUGGUCAUUCAAUCGGAUGUUACGUGGUGCUAGAAAUCCUAAAACGGAUGACGAAUUUAAAGAUAGUAAAGAGCAUCUUGUUGUUUCCAACUAUCGAGCGGUUGUCGACGAGUCCACAAGGCCAAUGGAUAUGGCCCAUUCUUAAUUAUUUUCGUCUACCAGCUAUACUUAGUGUCUAUGCUCUGAGUUACCUCAAUCCUCAACUACAAUGGCGAUUAUUGUUAUGGUAUUUUCGAGAUAAACCAGUCCCCGAUUGCGUUUUGAGAGCCAGUAUGAAUCUCUUCCAACCUGAAUGCGUCCGAAUAUGCAUGUUUAUGGGUAAAGACGAAUUAGACAAUGUUACGACUUUAGAUGUCGACAAUAUUCAGGACAAUCUCUUUCGACUCACUUUCUAUUAUGGCGUCAAAGACCAAUGGUGUCCUUUAUCUUAUUAUCAGGAUUUACGCGAAGUCUUUCCACAAGGUGACAUUCGACUGUGUCGUCAUAAUUUCGAACACUCUUUCGUUUUACAAAACAGCAAAGAAGUAGGCGCUCUGGUCGCUGGUUGGAUUUUGGAAGAAUUAUUAGGAACACCUCGAGAUGUUCAUGGAAAAUCUCUUCUGGUUUAACUUAUAUCGAGAGCUUUAAACAAAAGUUUCGUUUUUCCUUCGGCAUUUUUUGGACGUUUCUGUUUUUGGAAAAAAAAACGAAAAAAAAAACGAAAAAAUGGUGGGAUUGCACUAGUUUACAGGUGCUCCUGCAAGGAUAUAUAUACAUGCACUUUACAGGCUGUUCGAGGAGCUGUUUUGACGAGGCCUUUUUGCUGUUUAUGUUUGAAUUUUUCAUGUCAUCCAGAAUGUUAGAAUAUCGGAAAACGCGUCCCAGGUCGAUUUUAAAGUUGGCCAAACCUGUAGGUGCGACCCAAAAUUUGUCUGUGAUUCAUGUUAUAUACAAUAAAUAAAUAUACGGUAUUUAAUAUAUAAAUGAAUAUAUAUAUAUAUAAAGUACAUAUAUAUAAUAUAUAUAUAUCGGAGAAUUAUUGAUAUCCGUUUUUUUGCGUAUAGUCUGUUUGGAAUUUGCACUUUAAAAAAAAACACAUUGUUGAAGACGUUUUUCAUGUGCUGUCACCGAUGGAGAAUCCUCCUUCUUGCAUUUGGUUAGAAGUUCCUGAGGUUCUUCGCAUCAAGCUGUUAGUAUAUCGUAAUAGAUCCUGUUAACAGUUUUUAUGUUUUCCUGUCAGUUGGCGACAUUAGAAUGUUAGAAAUUAGAAUUCCUCGAAGAGAAAGCGAGCGAAUCGCUACAUUCGUUCGUUUUUGAUGUUAGAUUUCUCAGUGUUGACGAGACAUUUUCCUUAUUCACAUCUCAACACGAGGAUUUUUCUACUAAGAUAUUUUAUUGUUGAAGGAUUUUUUGCUGACAAUUUUUCCCAAAAGAAAUGAAGAAGAACAUCAGUAUUUAAUAUUCACUUCUUUUAAAAAUUUUUCUGUUUUAACUUUUUACUGAACGAUUGUACCAUUUGUACCUAGACUUUAUUGUUAUUUCCAUCUGAGAAAAUAAAAGAGAAAAGA